AUGACGCUGCAGUACCAAGCGCCGGGUGGGCCGACGCGCCGCCGAGGCACGACCGUGGGGCUCUGCACCAUCGACCUUCCGCAGACGUCGACGCAGGACAAGAUCGUUUUGAGUGGGUUUUGUCACUUUGAGCAGGAGGCGAGCCGCGUCACACGACCGUCGUCUCCGAAAGGUGUCGCCACGCCCACCGACAACCCCUCCCGGCUCCCAGAACGAUCCGCGGAAGCGGCGCCACCAGUGCAGUAA